AUGGCUCCGAACCGCAAAUACGCCAAUUACCCCGGCGCCCGGGAGGGCCCGACCCAGGUCAACACCAACAUCCAGAAGGAGGAUCAGAACCCCGUCCUUCGCGGCUGGCCUCUAGUCGCUGGCUCAACCAUUCUUGCAAACUCCGGCGCCGUCCAGCGCUUCUUCUGGAGCAACGCCAAAUUCGGUUCCAUUAGGGACCUUCCAGGUCUGGAUGAUUACAGAUACCGCUUCGCCCCCGACGUCAUCUGUCUCUCCGAGACGGGAUCCCACCCGGACCCCAUCCCCUUCUCAGCAGAAGUCACCACUCCGGCGCCAGCAGACCAGCCGGCCCGCUACCUCUCCAGCGCAGACUACCAUGCCCUUUACAAGACGGGCGCCGUCACCCCACUCGACGUCGUCCAGGCCCUGCUGCCCCUGAUCCGACGCGCCGAGGGCCACCCGCCGCCUCAGACGGGUCCGUAUGCGAACGCUUGGGUGGCAUCCCACGGCCGCGAAGACCUCGCCAUUGACGCUGCCCGAGCUUCCACCGAAAGAUGGCGCCGCGGCGAGCCCUUGGGACCUCUCGACGGUGUUCCCAUUGGAGUGAAGGAUGACAUCGACGUGAAGGGAUACGUCAGCCACAACGGCAUGCAGUACCGGCCCGACCUGCCCUGGUUCAAGCCCGCAGAAAAGACUUGGUGGCCUGUCGAACAGCUCGAGGCAGCCGGUGCCAUUGUUCUGGGCAAGAAUGCCAUGCAUGAGCUCGGUGGUGACACCAACGGCUGCAACCCUCGUUGGGGAACGCCCACAAACUGGCACAACAAGUCCUACUACCCCGGCGGAUCAUCCUCCGGAGGCGGGUCCGCCCUCGGCGCCGGCAUCGUCCCCAUCUCCAUCGGCACCGACGCCGGCGGCUCCAUCCGCAUCCCCUCCUCCUUCAACGGCAUCUACGGCCUCAAGCCCUCCCACCACCGCACAUGCGCCAUGAACUCCUCCAUGUGCGUCGUCGGGCCCCUCGCCGCCACCGUCUCAGACCUCACCAUCGCCUACCGCCUCAUGUCGCGGCCCAACCCCGAUGACCCGAUCCAAGGCCUCUACACCCCGUCCAUCCCGCCCUCGCCCUCCGCCCCCAAGACGAUCGCCAUCGACGAGGCGUGGUGGUCCAAGGCCUCCGGUCCCGUCGCCUCCAUCUGCCGCGCCGCCGUCGACAACUUCAAAUCCCAGGGCUACUCCGUCGUCAACAUCCGCAUCCCCUACCUCCGCGAGAUCCAGCUCAUGCACUCCGCCACCUGCGUGACCGAGAUGCAGGACCUCGCCCGCCACCGCCACCCGGACCCGGCCGCCUGGCAGUCCAUCAUCAACCACGCUAACAAGGUCACCAUGUCCGUCGGCACCCAGACCCCCGCCGGCGACUACAUGAAGUACAACCAGCUGCGCGACCUGCUCAUGAAGCACCUCGCCCACCUCUUCGAGGAGAACCCCGGCAUGCUCAUCGUCACCCCCACCACGCCCCUCCCCGGCUGGCCCAAGCACCCCGGCGACGAGGCCUACGGCGUCUCCGACACCAACACCACCAUCGCCAACAUGAGCUACGUCUACGUCGCCAACGUCAGCGGGUGUCCCGCCGUCACCGCGCCUGUCGGCUACGUCGACCCCGUCCAGGGCGAGGGCAAGAUCCCCGUUGGGCUGAUGGCCAUGGCGGAGUGGGGAUGCGAGGAGCAGCUGCUCGGCUGGGCGCGCGAGGCGGAGACGUAUCUACACAAGGAGGGACGGCAGAGGCCCGAGGGUUGGGUGGACGUGAUUGAGAUGACCAAGAACGGAGGUCUCGAAGCCAAGAAGAACAUCUAA